AAAAGUUUGGAAAGAGCAGCAGAUGUCGGUAGGGUGGCCGAGGAGUUAGUAAUAGGACUACUAUUGCAACUAGUACUAGGGGUACUAGCACUAUUUCUAGUAGAUGUUCAGAGACACGAACAACGGGACGCACUCUCCGUUACUUUUUGUGUUUGUUUUGAGCGUCGUUUAGAGGGGAGAGAGGGCGAAAACGGAAAUAAACAAACCCACGUUACUAUAACGGAGACAGAAAAACCAUCAGGCAGGGUGCGUUACGGCGAGGUCGGAUUAUACCAGAAGGGUGCGUGUUGGGCGGCAUGAAGGUUGAUUUUGCACCGCUGAAUAUUCCUCUGCGGAGGAGAAUUCAGACGAUAGCAGUUCUACAAUGGGUCUUCUCCUUUCUAAUGCUGGCCCAGUUCUGUCUCGCAGGCUUUAUUAUCUUGGCCCUCUCUGAUUGGUGGGUUCUGGCCGUACUGUAUGCUGGUUGGCUGUGGCUGGACUUCGACACGCCUGUCUCUGGAGGUCGAAGGUCACAGUGGACCAGAAAUUGGCGAAUAUGGCAUCACUUCAGGGACUAUUUCCCCCUCUCUUUGGUGAAAACGACAGACUUGGAUCCGAGACACAACUACAUAUUUGGCUUCCAUCCCCAUGGGGUGCUGGUCGCGGGCGCGUUCGGUAACUUCUGCACCGAGGCGACGGGGUUCUCCGCUCUGUUCCCCGGGCUGAAGCCUCACCUCCUCAUGCUGCCCUUCUGGUUCAGAGUGCCUCUCUUCAGGGACUACAUCAUGACUGGAGGCUUAGUGUCCAGCUGUAAGAACAGUCUGUCCUACCUGCUGUCUCGUCCGGAGGGAGGUCAUGUUGCUGUCCUGGCAAUAGGGGGAGCUCCCGAAGCCCUGGACGCUCGACCUGGAGCCCUCAAGUUACAGCUUCUCAAGAGGAAGGGCUUCAUCAAGUUGGCGCUCAAACACGGAGCUCAUCUGGUUCCUGUGUUUUCCUUCGGGGAGAAUGAGCUGUUUGACCAGGUUCCCAACCCCAGUGGCUCUUCUCUGCGUUCACUUCAGGAGCGGCUGCAGUGCAUUAUGGGAGUUUCUCUACCUCUGUUCCAUGCCAGAGGAGUGUUUCAAUACAGCUUUGGCCUCAUGCCCUACAGGAAAUCCAUUCACACCAUAGUUGGUGAGCCUAUCUCAGUGGUCCAGGCUCCGUCCCCCAGUAGUGAAGACAUAGAUGUUCUUCAUGGUAAAUACAUGGAGGCGCUCUCUGAGCUGUUUGAGAAGAACAAACAUCUGUACGGCGUCCCAGAUGACCGCCACAUCUCCUUCAUAUAGCGCACCGCCAUCACCGCCCCAUAACACGCCCCCAUCACGACAUCACCGCCCCAUAACACGCCUACAUCAUGACAUCACCGCCCCAUAACACGCCCCCAUCAUGACAUCACCGCCCCAUAACACGCCUACAUCAUGACAUCACCGCCCCAUAACACGCCCCCAUCAUGACAUCACCGCCCCAUAACACGCCCCCAUCAUGACAUCACCGCCCCAUAACACACAAAAAUCAUGACAACCACAGGAUGUCCCAGUGAGCGAAAAAGCCAUGCUAGCACACAUAGCCACGUAACCAGGCUAGACAUGCUAGUAGAAACAUAAAAAAUAUGUACUGUAUGAUUGAUCUGUGAUUUAUUGUGAAGACUCUAUGUUUAAUAUUUCAUGUUGGAAUAAGCAAAUAUAAAUAAUAAAACAAUUUUAUUACA